AUGGCAUCCUGGCGGCUUUUGUCUACAGUACUCAUUGCCUUUGCUGCUAUCCUGUGGGCACUUACAGAGAAAAAGUCUGACUACGAAGGGCUCAACAACAAUGUCACAGUGACGGGACCGGACCCGGCGUUCCUAGAGGACGAGAAAGAGUUGAGUCAAGCUGUUUUCUGCCCUGUGCCGUCGACGCCACAAGCAAAGGAGACAGUGCUAUUAGUUCAUGGCACUGGAAUGACUCCUCAGAUCAACUGGGAAUACACAUUGGUGCCCCCGCUCAUCCACGACGGCUUUAGGCCUUGCUACGUGGCUGUACCACAAAGGCUUCUUCUUGAUGCCCAAACUAGCGCUGAAUACAUCAGUUACGCGAUCAAAAAGCUCGCAAAUGAAAGCCAGAUCUCGGUAGUCUCAUGGUCGGCUGGAGCACUGGCCACGCAAUGGACAUUGACUUUCUACCCGGAGACCCGUUCCAAGGUCAGGAGGCAUAUCGCCCUCGGUCCGGACUUCCACGGUUCAUGGUCCAUGAUCCCGCUUCUUUACUUCAACAUGUUCACCGAGGCGGUGGUGCAACAGGUGCCCUGGGCCAAUUUCGUCACAGCUCUGGCUCGUUUUGGUGGGAACAGGGCGCUGGUCCCCACGACGAGCAUUGGAUCGAGCACUGAUCUUAUAGUCCAGCCAGGGUUCUACGGUGAAGCUUGGCCUGGCUUUACAGAUAGCUGGCGAUUGGAGGGACCACAGGCUCGGAAUAUCGACCUAUUCAAGCUUUGUGCUGCCAAGGUGCUCAGACAAGGAGGAUUGCCGCAUAUAGUGAGCCACGACUCAUUACUCUGGGAGCCAGCGAGUCACCAGAUCAUCUUUGAUGCGUUGAACAACGAGGAAACGUAUCUGGGAAGUGCCGAUAGCGUGACUGCCGACCACUGCAGAGGAGACCGAGCAGAUCAUCUGCCCCCUGGCUCCGAAGCGAAGCACGCGGCGAUUAUGCCUGAGCUGACAAGGUAUGCCUCUCAAAUGCCGUCAAGUGGAUGGCCGGAGCUGCCGCUACGGGACUAUGCAUCAUCGCUGGAACGAUUCAAGGGAGCUCCAGCCUAG